AUGACUGUUCCAAGGUGGCUGGAGCGCGCACGUAGCGAACGGUUGCGCCGUCGCCGCCGACGCCGCCUCCGCCUGAUGGCGGCACUAGCAUUGGCUGCUGACGCGAUCCCUAAAGAGCGAGCGGGGUGCAUCUUACGACACCGUUUGGACUGGGCCGUGCACAAGCAGACGCUGCUUCUGGAAGGACAAUUCCAGCGCUGUUAUAGGAUGAGCGCGGAGUCUUUUGAGCGUCUUCUGUCCUUUAUCAGGCCUGCUCUAGUCCGGGACGAGCUCCAGUCGCGCCCUCGAACCGGAACCGACCCCAUCUCUCCAGAAAUGAUGCUGCAGAUGACUAUUUCAUGGCUGGCGGGGAGUAGGUACCAUACGACGCGGAAUCUGGGCGGCACCUCCGUCACGGCCAUUUACAUCACCAUGCACGCCGUAAUGGACGCCAUUUGCGAUUGUCCGGAGCUGAUCAUUCGGGCGCCAACUGAGUCAGCGGAGCGCAUGUACGAGUUGGCCGAUGGAUUCAAGGCGAUAAGCAAGGACAGUGUCUUGACUGGAUGCGUCGGCUGUAUCGACGGGUGGCUGUGUGAAAUUCGUGCUCCAAGUGCAAGAGAGGUUCCCGACGUUGCUGCGUUUUUCUCCGGACAUUACCAGAAGUAUGGACUCAACGUUCAAGUCAUUUGCGACUCGCUGAGUCGUUUCACCGGCUACUGCUUCAAUUCGCCGGGCAAGAAAUGGAAGUUGCAAGAGGAAAUCAUGCAGCUACCAGCGGGCUUUUACAUCAUCGGGGACAACGUGUACCCCCUCUCCGACUCGUUGAUGGUCCCCUUCAGCAAGCUGGAGCUCAAGAGCAAGGCACACUCCGACUACAACUUCUAUCUGAGUCAAUUGUGUGAAAAGGCUCGGUGGAUUUCGCCACCGAACCCAUGUCCAGCUGACCACUUCAAGUGCGUCAUGGCCGCGAUGGAUCUGGACCACCAACUGUCGGACACGAGCCGUGCGACGAAGGAAGCUGAGCCCGAGGUCUGGGCGGAGCUCCGCUCAGACUCUGGGCUUGAGCGAAGAUUAUCGCGGACACUUCAAGCAGAUCUCAACGGCCUCCAGCGGCUCCAAGACGACGCCCGCCGACGUGGAGCCGCCGCAUUGGCCAAGACCAAGGAUAUCGGGCGGAUCUUCAAGGGCGCCCGGUAA